CAAUAGUAGUAGCUUCACCUAAAACUACAUCAAAGGUGAAUCAGCGAGCAAGCAACAAAGUCGGAGUCAUUUUGGUCGCGUGGUAGCCGGUUACAGAUAAGAAAACGGAAGUAAUUGGCGCGUGGGCGUCACUACUGGACUUCCGCCAUUAAUCCUUUCGAAACUCCAUGGCACCAGUAGCAGCAGCUCCUUCACAAACUUCACUUGCCUUUCUACUUCAUCUCUACCUCUUGCUUUCCCCUGCAGCUGUGAUCACUUUCCACAAACCCAAAGUCGACCCAACCGACGCCUCCAUACUCUGCAACGGCGGCGCCAACGCAAGCUCCGACACCAUCAAAUUGACUAAUGCCCACUACGGGAUCGAAGUCAGCCGCGUCUUUUACGCCGACGACAUCCCGCUCUGGAGUUCGGCCACCGGGAAACUCUCUGAUUUCACCACCCGCUACUCGUUCUCCAUCGACCCCGGGAGCGGCUACCCAUCCGGCGUCGCCUUCUUCCUCGCGCCUUAGGGUUCCAGGCGCCUGAAAAUUCCGCC